UCCUGUUGAAAAUGUCUGUGUAAUGUAGAUAAAUGUGAGGGAUUUUCUCUCUAAAUCCGUCUCCUGUUCGCUAAAUCUCACUUCUCCAAAACGAGCCUGCGCAAUGGAACAAAGUCGGAAUAUUGAGAUGUGACAUUGCCCGCAUCUCAUCCUCUUUCUCCCCGUUUUUAAUGACUUCAAACAAGUUCAUUUUCGCCGGGCUUUGUCUUGCGGAGACCCGUGGGGAUGUCUAGCGCUUUUUCCUUUCAGUGGCAUUUAUGUGAUGUCUUCAAGAGUGCGAUGUGCGGUAUCUCCUGUAGCCACACCCUCUCACUACUGCUGUGCGUCCUCACCCUGACUCCGACGGCAACAGGGGCGGGGCCUGAGACCCUGUGCGGGGCGGAGCUGGUCGACACGCUGCAGUUUGUCUGUGGAGAUAGAGGCUUUUAUUUCAAUAAACCAGGCUAUGGCCCCAGUGCAAGGCGGUCACGUGGCAUCGUGGACGAGUGCUGCUUCCAAAGCUGUGAGCUGCAGCGCCUUGAGAUGUACUGUGCACCUGCCAAGACUCCCAAGAUUUCUCGCUCUGUGCGCUCACAGCGGCACACAGACAUCCCGAGACCGCCCAAGGUUAGUAGUAAACCGGACAAGGGCACAGAGCGAAGGCCAACGCAUCAGCCAGACAAGACAAAAAACAAGAAGAGACCUUCACCUGGACAUAGUCAUUCGUCCUUCAAGGAAGUGCACCAGAAAAACUCAAGUCGAGGAAGUUCGGGGGCCAGGAAUUACAGAAUGUAGGGAAGGCGCGAAUGGACAAAUGCCCAGCAACUUGGGAGGAGAGAAGGGAGUGGCCUUACCUGGUACCCCUGUGGAAUGGUUCACUGUAAAACAAAAGAAAGAGGAUGCUAAUAAUGACCUGAAAAGCUCUUCAAAAUGAUUGAAACCAGAGAGCUAAGUGAUGUUUAAGGGUUUGAUGAGAGUUAUGAUUAUUUUAUACACUGCACCAUUCCAUAUCGGGAGGAAUUCUUUGUUAAUGCAAUGUAACAGACUAGUUUAGCUGCUGAGACACAAACAAGAGCUUAUUAUACCUCCAUAUGUGAGCUGCAGCAUCCUUUGGCUCCAGGAAAGGUGGGAACAUAUCUGGGCUACAGCCAAUCAGAGAGCAGCAUGGCUGUGGCUGAGUAUAAGUGGUCUGUCCUGUCCCCUGAACUUUGCAGAGGUAAAUCCUUUUACUCUGAGUGGAUUCAUUCACUCCUUUGGUAAGACAGGAUACUUUGUCACCGGUCACAUUUAACAGUUAGUACCCCAGUUCAAAGCUGAUAUUUUACCUUCAGAGUUUGUUUUUAUGCACCAUGCAUUACUGUGGAUAUUUUUAAUAUGUAAAAAAAAAAAAAAAAAAAAGGAAAAAAAAAAGAAUUAAGGACAAAGACCAGGUGGUUCAUCAUCAGAGUCUAAACAUUGUUGUAGGCAUUUUUACCUUGAACCCAAGUCUGAACCUUACUAAGUGGAGUUGCUGGAAGGUUUGAGAUCAGUCUAAAUCCCUCCUGAGCUCCAGGAAGUGUUUAAAACCUGAGGACUGAGUCUACAAUCCAAAAAUUAUAACAAGAGAUCAAGCACUAUUAGAGGGGAUUUUAAAAAAUUUUUCUUUUUAAAGUGGGUAGUACAAAAGGUACUACAAAAACAAGAUUAGGAUUUUUCAUGUUUUCCAAAACAGAAAAACAAAUGAACCAGACGCUAAAGUGAACUAAAGAGUUUUCAGCCCGCGGUGCUCAUUCGGUCUUCAGAAAUGUGUCAUGCUGUGGAGUCAAAGUGCAUUUGGCGAACACAGGCGGAACAAGUCAAAUAAUGACAAUCAGGCGAAAUGUUUGUCGUCUGCAUCCUUUUCACAUGUCAACACCCCAGCCAAAUUUGAUUUUUGUCAACAGGCCAGUAAACAUUUCAGUUCGAGUGAAACCCUGUGUUCAAGGUUAAACACAAGCCAGGAAAGUUUAGUCGAAGCGAGUGUUCUAAAAAGAAAUAGAAAAUAAUCUUAAAACCGUCAUUACCAAAGUUUAAAGACAGCGAGGCUGUAAGAAAGUCACAUAUAUGUGGACGUUUAAUGAUAGAUUGAACUUUAUCUGCAUAUUUUAUUAGCUUAGAAAAGGUCAGAAUUUUGCAACUUUAUCUGACAGGAAAAGUAGAACAAAACUCCACUGCAAACGUUAAAGAGUGCACCGAAGACACGCGAAUAUUAAAUGGUUUGGUGAACAUUGGCAAAACCACAAGGACAAGUCUUCCUGGAUAUGUGAUACACGCAUAUCAGAACACAAAUACACAUGCAAAGCACGCACAAGGUAAAUUAGAGUUGUACAACUACAAGUAAAGGUCAUGCACACAUACACCAGGUUUCAUGAAAAGCCAGUUCUGAGAAGUCCUUGCAUGAGAACUAAUGGAAAUGGCUGUUUGUUUGAGCCUCCAAAAAACAAAAAAAACAAAAAAAACAAAAAAAAAAAUUGCCCAAGACAACUCAUCUCUGGCUCUGCCUCCUCUGCCUGUGUAUACUCAAACAGUAUUCCCAUUAUGUUAACCUAUGCAUUACUAUCAUUCAUUGUACAUGAUGGUUUCAUAUAACAAAACUGUAUUAAGAAUCCUAUCCACUGUAUAAUGGUGCUAUUUUGUAGUUUGUUACUUGCAAGAGAUGGCUAAGACAGACUGAUGGCAGGGCUUACAUUGGAGGUCUUCCCUUUUGCACAGCCUUGUGGCCACCAUUUUAAUAGUGUUUUUAUUUGUAAGCUGUUUCAAUAAGGUAGUAGUGUAAGCGAGUAAAUGUAUCUGUGUGAAAUCUGUGAAUGCAUGGAGAAUUAAAAAAAAAAAAAAAAAGGAAAUGAAUAUACUAUGUUAAGGUCCCAAGAAGGCAAAAUGCUAUUUUUUCUACUGUUUUUAAAUUAUUUUCUCAAUAUAGAUCCCUUAUGCCAAAUAACUUGACAAAAGUACUGUGAACUAUGAUUCUUCCAAUUGUAUUGAGAUUGUAAAAAGUCAUGGUGUACUUCUGUCUGUCCAGAGGUUGUGCGUCAGUGAACAUCCACCUCAAUGGAAGUCAAGGUACCAGCUACUAAAAUUAUUUAAAACGAGACCAUGAAACCUUUGUUAAACAGCAGACAGUCAGUAUGCAUUCAACAAAAAUCGCAAAUGUACCCAUUUAAGUUACAUACAUCGAUCAAGCAUACCAUUAUGACCACCUUGACCGGUGAAGUCUAAAGUGAACACUGAUUAUCUCUUCAUGGCACCUGUUGGUGGGAUAUAUUAGGGAGCAAAUGAAUAUUUUGUCCUCAAAGUUGAUGUGUUGGAAGCAGGAAAAAUGGGCGAGCGUAAGGAUAUGAGCGAGAGUCAAAUUGUGUUGGCUAGACGACUGGGUCAGAGCAUCCUCAAAACUGCAGCUCUUGCGGGGUGUUCCUGGUUUGCAGUGAAUAGUAUCUUAAAAGUGGUCCAAGGAAGGAACACUGGUGAACCAGCGACAGGGCCAAUGGCAGCCAAGGCUCACCGAUGCACAUGGGGAGCCUUGGCUGGCCUGUACAGCCCAAUCCAACAGGCAAGGCAAGCUAAUGUAGCGCAAGUUGCCAAAAAGUUUAAUACUGGGUCUGACAGAAAGGUGUCAGAAUACAUAGUGCAUCACAGUUUGUUGUGUAUGGGGCUGCAUAGCUGCAGAGUGGUCAGGGUGCCCAUGCUAACCCCCGUGACCUGCUGAGAGCACCAACAGUGGGCACAUGAGCAUCAGAACUGGACCACAGAGCAAUGAAAGAAGGUGGCCUGGUCUGAUGAAUCACGUUUUCUUUUACAUCAUAUAGAUGGCCAGAUGCAUGUCCAUAGCUUACCUGGUAGCUGGCACCAGGAUGCACUAUGGGAAGAAAGAAAGCUGGCGGAGGCAGUGUGAUUUGGACAAUAUUCUGCUGGGGAAUCUUGGGUCCUGCCAUCCAUAUGGAUGUUACUUUGACAUAUACCACCUACCUAAGCAAUGUUACAGAUCAUGUAUACCCUUUCAUGCAAACAGUAUACCCUGAUGACUGUGGCCUCUUCCAGCAGGAUUAAUGCAUCCUGGGCAGGUGGUCAAAAUGUUAUGCUUAAUUGGUAUAUCUGGAAUCUGCCUCUUUGGUUUUAUGAAAAUAGUAAAAUGCCCAUAGAGACAACGCACAACAUGUCGCAAAAGUAGGGCUGUACACUCAGUCGACUGGUGGACGGUUUGGUUGAUAUGCUCUCACCCAAUCAAAUUCUUACUCAUUGUACAGUCAUCAUUUUAAGUGGCCUCACAACUGAGAACUCACCCAGACCUGAGCACAUAGCCAGUAUAAAAGAUAGACAUAGAUAUUGUGAUGUCACCCAGUGGUUUGUGAAAUCCCAUUUUAAAGUCCGGUUUUGUGUUAUUUGAAGAGUCAUUCUGAAAAUGACUUCCUCAGGAGGGGAAAAAAAACAAAAAAAAACAGUGCCACAAUUUACACUUGAAAUGGUAACAAAAUUCCUGUUGCUAAAACUUCAGACUUUUAUUAAAUCUGGAUUUUUUUUUUUUAACAUGUUAGAUGGCUAGCUAAACUUCCAGAGAUACAGCCAGAAUCCCAGUUUUCCAAUUUUUCCCACUCCUGUCUAAAUGCCUGGAAUACAGUUCUUGAUUCUUUAGUCAGUUGCCCACCAGCACUCCUAAAGCUCACAGAUUAACAGAGGAAGUGACCCAGUACACCCACAGUGUGUUAUUUCACCUCCAUUUUUACAGACUAGAUAAAUGAGAUUCUGAGCUUUAGAGGAGCUUUAAAAAAUAAAAAAAUAAAACCCUCCUGGCAAAGCCCAGGCAGCUGUUCCCUGUUUCUAGGUAACAUUGCAAAGCUAAGCUAACCAACUACUCAAAGUGGCGUCACAUUUAGCCUACAGUUAAGACUGAAAUUAGCCCACGUUGAGUACUGAACUGAACAAGAUUGCAUUGUCUCGCUUUAAGAGUAACCCAGGAGUUUAAUUUAUCUUGUCCAAAACAUUUGUUAGCAAUUCUCACAAUUAAAACUUACUUUCACAGAUUAAUUAAAACAUGUGUUUUUGUCUCUAAAAAAAUGUUUUUAAAAAAAAUGUGUGGAUUUGCUAUAUGCUUUAGCGUUUAUUCCAAGCAGAUUCUCUUAUUAGUCGGCUUGGCAGCUGAAAUGAAAAAGAAGCUGGUUGGAGAACAGCUCUGGUUCUCCCAGAUCUUCAGUUAAAUGGUACAAACCAAAGACUUUUUGAUUAAAGUGAAGCCUCACUCAGCAUUAUUGUGUCAUGAAUUAAACCAAUGACCUGUUCAUUUAAUAUCAAAUUAUGUUAUCCCUGUUUCAACUUCACUGCAACGACAGUACGCCCUUCACGCUAUGUCUUUGGUACCUGAAAUACAGUUUGUGCAUUAAGAAAACAAACCAAAAAAAAAAAAAAAACAGAAGCUGCAGCAGCCAUCUUCAAACCGCCUGACAAUGAA